AUGUCCGCUGCAACUCCCAGGUCGACCGACAAGACCACCGACGCCGACGCCGACACCGCCAACGUAAUGCCUGAGGAACCUGAGCUAAGCCUUAUCGAGGCCCUCAUCCCGGACCUCAAGAUUAUGGUUAUGGAGUACCUUGACCUCGACAGCUUGGAAACGUUCAUCUGCCUCUCGCCCGCUGUCUACGAAGCGUUCAAGUCGCAUGAUGGAGCCAUCGUAUACCCAGCCAUUGCCGACGCCGUUGGGGCGGACCUUGUGGCUCUCGCACACGCCCGACUCGUGGCAGCACACGCAAACUGGAAGCCGAAGCCCCGUCGCCCAAACCUCGGUGCAGAAUGA